AUGGGCUAUGGAAUGGCCAGAAAUGUUAGGCAGAAAAUGGACCCGAAGGCUAAGCUGCUGAUCAACGACGUUGAUCGUGGUAUCUGUGAACGAUUUGUCCAAGAAUUAAGUGGUUUUGGCCCAGUCAAAAUUGUCGACAAUGCGAAAGAGGUGGCGACCGAAGCAUUGACCAUAUUCUCCAUCGUCCCAGCAGGUGAACAUGUCAGGAGUGUCUACCUUGACGACCAGACCGGCGUGAUUGCUGCAAAGUACACUACUCCAAGCAUCAACAACACACGGAGAUUAUUUAUAGAAUGCAGCACCGUCGACAUUACCACGGCACGGCUCGUUGGAAAAACGCUGCGAGACAAUGAUAUGGGAACCUACAUCGACUGCCCAGUGUCCGGAGGUGUCCCUGCGGCCGACAGCGGCAAUCUCAGCCUGCUGUUGGGUAUCGAUGACAAAGAUCUAUCAGGGAGCCUAUCACAGAGGCUUAAACAAGCUACAAAGUACUUUGGAGAUCCAAACAAGAUCUUUUACUGCGGUGGCCUGGGCUCGGGUCUGGCCGCCAAGAUCUGCAACAACUAUCUGUCAUGCACUAUCCUGCUGGCCAAUUCCGAAGCCAUGGCAACCGGGAUAAAACUUGGUCUCGACAAACACGUCUUGCAUAGAGUCAUACAAGCAUCAACCGGACAGAAUUUCAUGGCAGAUAAUGUUUGUCCGGUGCCUGGAGUCGUUGAACAUGCGCCUAGUAGCCAUGAUUACAAGCUUGGAUUCAAAGCGCAAAUGCUCGCCAAGGACGUUGGCCUGGGCGUGGACGCUGCUCAAAGUGUGGGAAUUGAGCCGAGUAUUGGAAAAGCUGCAUUGGAGGUCUACAAACAGGUUGCGCUGGAUGAGCGUUGUAUUGUGAGUGUUUUCUAUUCUAAAACGACGCAUCAUGGACAAUUAUGCUUACCCAUGUCUUUAAUCCAGGACCGUGAUGCAUCAGUGGUCUAUAGAUAUUUAGGAGGACCUGAAUGA